CUGGCGGGGAGGAAAAGCAGCCCUGGGCUGCCAGGUGAGGUAAGGAACUCCCCGCCAGCUCACCUCCGUAGAGGCGGGGCGCGGUUCCCGAUCACUCAUAGGGGCGGAGCCGUCUGAGCACCUGCGCCAAGGCGGAACUGAGGGGUCCGGUCACUGCACGGAGGACCUAGCACCAAGCCUCACCUGUGCGGGGGCCGGAGGCGGGGCCAGAACUCACCUGAGCAGGCGGCGACUUGCCCCGGGGGUAACCCCGGGCUCGCCUAGCGCGGAGGGGGAGAAGCCCCCGGGCGGCUCCAUCCGUACGCCCCCGCGUCGGUCCGCGCGGCAGCCAUGACCUGGAGCGCCACGGCUCGGGGCGCGCACCAGCCGGACAACACCGCGUUCACGCAGCAGCGCCUCCCCGCCUGGCAGCCGCUGCUGUCAGCCAGCAUCGCGUUGCCGCUCUUCUUCUGCGCGGGCCUGGCCUUCAUCGGCCUGGGCCUGGGCCUCUACUACUCUUCCAAUGGCAUCAAGGAGCUCGAGUACGACUAUACCGGCGACUCGGGCCUCAGCAACUGCUCGGUGUGCGCCGCGGCCGGGCAGGGCCGCGCGCCGCCGCCCCGCUGCUCAUGCGCCUGGUACUUCUCUCUGCCCGAGCUCUUCCAGGGCCCCGUGUACCUCUACUACGAGCUGACCAACUUCUACCAGAACAACCGGCGCUACGGCGUGUCCCGCGACGACGCACAGCUGAGUGGGCUGCCGAGCGCCCUGCGGCACCCGGUCAACGAGUGCGCCCCCUACCAACUCAGCGCGGCCGGCCUGCCCAUCGCGCCCUGCGGCGCCAUCGCCAACAGCCUCUUCAACGACUCCUUCUCGCUGUGGUACCAGCGCCAGCCCGGCGGGCCCUACGUCGAGGUGCCGCUCGACCGCACGGGCAUCGCCUGGUGGACCGACUACCACGUCAAGUUCCGCAACCCGCCGCUGGUGAACGGCAGUCUGGCGCUAGCCUUCCGGGGCACCGCGCCCCCGCCCAACUGGCACCGGCCGGUCUACGAGCUCAGCCCCGACCCCAACAACACCGGCUUCAUCAACCAGGACUUCGUGGUGUGGAUGCGCACUGCCGCUCUGCCCACGUUCCGCAAGCUGUACGCGCGCAUCCGCCAGGGCAACUACUCCGCCGGGCUGCCACGGGGCGCCUACCGCGUCAACAUCACCUACAACUACCCGGUGCGCGCCUUCGGCGGCCACAAGCUCAUCAUCUUCAGCAGCAUCUCGUGGAUGGGCGGCAAGAACCCCUUCCUGGGCAUCGCCUACCUGGUGGUUGGCUCCCUCUGCAUCCUCACGGGCUUUGUCAUGCUGGUCGUCUACAUUCGCUACCAGGACCAGAACGACGAGGACGAGGAGGACGAGUAACUCCUGCUUUCAAAGUACCCUUUCUGAAAGCUUCUUGCUUCAGCUCUCUUGCAGGCUUCUUUUGGGUUUCUAUCUUUUUGACUCUCACCCAAUUCCAGCCUCGCUUCACUUGGCCUCCUGUUGUGGAUGAGGAGACCAGAGAGAGAGGAAUUACAUCCAAUCCGGGGCCUCCAGACUUUUCUGGGGUGUUUGAACUGGUAGAGUGAG